GGAUGUCUUCUGUAGAAACACAAUAUUCUGACCGGCAUGUAAAGAACUCGUGCAAUCCUCGGCUUGUAGUCGUUGACUUCGUUAAUGAUACAAUUUGGCCGUGAGCUUGUGAUAUCGCACCUGUUUAAAGGGCCACCAGAAAGCAUUUUUUCAGAUUACUGCACUGAAAUCGGUAAGAUAAUAUCCUUAACAAUCAUUUUCAAUCACAUAAAAGCCUGAAAACACCACCUGCACAGAGGAUCACAGACACUGACACCAUGUACAUGGACACGGUUAGGGUGUGAAGGAUAAAAGAAGUUCAAAACCUGGGAUCAUAUGUUUAUUAGGAAAAUAUAUUCGUGACCUCACGGGUUUGACCUCACUGUGUGCAUGCUGGUGUUUGUAGUUUUGCAUCUCGUGCACCGCCAGGGCUUUUAUCUCAAAGUUUGGAGAUAGCAUCUCGUAAUACUAAACUCAACCUGCUGACUCGAUUUAAAAAAACUUGUUGCAUUACUUUGUAUUUUUAAUUCUGAUAUCGACAUAGCUUUUAAAAGAAAAGGUAAGGAUCAAGCUACAGAGGGGUAAGAUGAGACAUAGGGGUUAGUGAGACAGAAAUAGAGUAUGGCGAGGGGGAACUAGAAAAACCAUCAACGAGCUAACGAACUCUCGGUCCCGUGCAUACAUACACGUGGUUAGGUAAGUACUUCCAUAUGUUUGUAAUAUUAGUUUAAGAUAUAUGUCUGUAAAUGUGUUUGUGUCUAGAUUUCUCAGGAUCUCCUACUGCCAGAGCAGCAUUGUCUUCUUCUCACAGCCCUGCUUGUACCUGCAUUCCCUAGGGCAACUAAAUAAGAAGUUUACAUGUAGAUUGUGAAAUGUGUACAAAUGGCGUUUACAAUGUCUCUCAAUGUCUCUCGACACUUGAUGCUGAACUCAGUUUACUAAUCUUCUUUUUGUUUCAGAAUGAUGUUCUCCAGAAAGCGUGCGGGGAUCAUUAUUGUUGUCAGCCUCAUCAUAGUCUUGUCCUGUUGUCCCCCCGCCUCUACGUUCGUCCUCCAUGGCCUCGUGAAACUCCAGACAAGGAUGAGGUGCGACAUGUUUUCUUCCUGAAGGUACACAAAGCAGCCAGCACCACCGUCAUGGGAAUCAUGUUCCGCUUUGCCCUCGACCGCAAGCUCGACGUCCUGGUGCCCAGGGAGGGCAACUUCCUGUCGGAGACACGCCAGAAGAGCUGGACCAGCAUUGGUGUCCCUUUGCCUAAAGGACGGACGCGUUACGACAUUCUGUGCAACCACGUGGUCUUCCAUGAGAAAUCCAUCAUGGAAGUUAUGUACUCGGAUGUCAAGUUUCUGGCCAUAGUCCGAUACCCCUUCAACCAGUUUUUGUCUGCUUUUCAGUUCUUCCGACCAGGCUGGAAGUACCUUAGGAUGAUUUCCGGACCAAACCCUCUUGCCACCUACUUUCAGAAUCCAGACUUGUACGAGCCCCCUAAUCCAAGGGAGUCCUUCACCAACAACCGCAUGAGUGUAGACUUUGGUAUGGACCCAUCGAGGCUGGAAGAUAGAGACUACGUACGAAAGUAUAUCGGCUACCUAGGAAAAGUCUUUGACCUCGUCCUUGUCAUGGAGCUAUUCGACGAGUCCGUCAUCGCCAUGAGACGACUACUGCAAUGGCGACUACAGGAUGUAGUGUACAUACCCGUUAACACCCAGAGACACAAUAGAUCUCCUAUUACCAAAGGGGACAUUAACCUGUUGGCAGCCGACAUCAAUCCCUUAGUCAAUGAGGGUCAUCAGAUUCUUAAUGACACUUGGAUGAAGUUCUUCAGAGCGCGUGUGGGGGUGAUUCUUGCUUUCAGCCUCAUCAUACUUUUCGUCCUGGCGGCCUUCCGCCUUUUCAUUCGUCCUCCAUGGCCUCGUGAAAUGCCAGACAAGGAUGAGGUGCGACAUGUUUUCUUCCUGAAGGUACACAAGGCGGCCAGCACCACCGUCAUGGGAAUCAUGUUUCGCUUUGCCCUCGACCGCAAGCUCGACGUCCUGGUGCCUAUGCAUGGCAACGCCCUGUCGGAGACACGUCUGGAGAGCUGGAACAGAAUUGGUGUCCCUAUGGCCAAAGAACGAACACGCUACGACAUUCUGUGCAACCACAAUCCAGACUUCUACGAGCCCCCUAAUCCAAGGGAGUCCUUCACCAACAACCGCAUGAGUGUAGACUUUGGUAUGGACCCAUCGAGGCUUGGAGAUAGGGACUACGUACGAAAGUAUAUCGACUACCUAGGAAAAGUCUUUGACCUCGUCCUUGUCAUGGAGCUAUUCGACGAGUCCAUCAUUGCCAUGAGACGACUACUGGGAUGGCGACUACAGGAUGUAGUGUACAUACCCACUAACACCCAGACACACAACAGCCUUUUUCAGAACUUUACCCACCAUCACCGACAGAUCCACCGCCAGAUGCGGUUCGCUGACUAUGAGCUUUACGAUUAUUUCUUGAAACGAUUUCAAGAGAAGGUAAAUAGCUUCGGUGGCAAGUUUUUCGAGGAGGUGAGAGUCUUCAGGAGUAUUAGGAAGCAGGUAGAGAGUUAUUGUCGUAAUGGGACAAGCACAUGGCUGGAUAUCGAGGCGACUGAGUGGAAUGAGCGAUUCCGGGUUGACCACAACACCUGCUUUCUCCUCGAAGUUCCUGAGGCAGAGUUUGUUGACUAUGUAAAAUACCAGCAGCUUGUAAGAAUUCGUUGACAGGAAGACAAUACGUUGACAGAAUAUUUUGAAAUACAUUUAAAAUGUCAGCUGUAA